GCGGGGGGGCGGGCAGGAGGAGGAGGAGCACAGGGCGGGGAGGGAUGUUUUCCCACGCUCCCCUUCUGUCAGCUCCACUGCCAGCUCCACCGACCCGGACAGGAAGUUUCCGGUAGAUUUCUGCGUCCACCAGGAGAUGCGCAGUGAGAACGUCUCCACCGAGCACGUGGACUUCAUGGUGGCACGCAAGCAGUGGAAGAAAAUGGAGGCGGACGUCAAAGGUCACCCCAUCCCCAAACCGGGCCUGAGAGCUCAGGGGAGCUUCCAGGGGACCCACUCUUCACUGUAUCCCCCCACCCGCAGCCCCCGGCUCAAACACAGGGACGUUCAGCCCGCCGUGGCCCGGGAGCCGCCUCUGUCCUCCACCCUGUCCCCCAGCUCAGAGGACUCGGGGCUGGACGACCCGUCCUACCGCAGCCCCCCCGAGGAGCCGGAGACCGCCGUGGAGAGAGAGAUCCGGCUGACUCUGGAGAGAGAGGAGCAGCACCGCAGGGAGAGAGGGAGGCUCGCUCAGGGCCUGACCACAUCCAGGCCGUCCACCCUGCAGACCGGACGAUCUCCACCCAGACCGCCGGCGUGCCGGACCCCGACUCUCUCCGUCUCUCCCUCCCCCUCCUACUCCUCCUCCCUCCCCCGGUCCCUGUACCACGAACUGACGGCCAACAACGUCAUCAUCCUGGAGCCCGACUCCUCCAGCCCCGCCUCCAGGACCCGCCUCCUCUCCUCCGCCAUCAGCGGCCUCUCCGAGCAGGACGCCCCCUCCGCCAACGUGAUCGUGGUGGAGACCUCCAACCUGAUCAUCCGCAGCGCCUCCGAGUUCUGCCUGAGCUCCGGGCCGGCGCCGGCGCCGGCGGAGCCGCAGGAGAGCACCUUCACCUCCAACCCCUUCUUCAAGCUGCGCUCCCUCAGCAGCCAGUCGCUGGUGGAGCAGGAGAUCCGGCUGGUGAGGCAGAGGGAGGAGGAGUGGAGGAGGCAGAGGGAGGAGGAGUGGAGGAGGAGGAAGGAGGAGCAGUGGAGGAGAGGCAGGGAGCGCUACGACACCGUGCUGGUGUCUCCGGGCCUCAGCGAGAACAUCACCUUCACCGUUCCGGAGGUCCCAGACAGGUGUGUGUCCUCCCCUUCGUCCCCCUCCAGGACCCGCAAAAUGGAACGAUCCAGUUUGUCCUGUGACCACAAGUUCCCCUCCUCCCUCUCCUCGGCGCCUCGACGGCAGAACGCCAUGGCGCAGCGCUGGGAGGCCUCCCUGUUAGCCAAUCAGAAGAAGGAGUGAGAGACCGCCCGGCCCGUCUGUCCAUGAGGUCCCUCGUCCUCGUCCUCGUC